UCAUGCGUGUCAGUGAAGCCCGCAGCCAAUCAGGACAAAGUGCUGUCGUCACGGAGGUAGUUCUAAGUCGGUGUAGCCGGAGAAAAGUUGGAGUUUGCUGGAGUUCAUGUGAUAAUAGAGGAGAAAGAGGUCUGCCCAUCCGCUGUCUCCACACUGAAAAAAGUGAAACAAAGCUGUUGUUCGUUUAAUGUGUUUGUUCCCAUUCCAAUGGUUGAAGAAAAAUACUUCGCACAAUUAAACUAAACUUUCUUAUUUAUGUUAAUGGUUGAAUCGAUUUUUAUUAGAUUGAGUAUGAUUCGCACAUGCGCAUUCUUUAAAACUUCUGGCGGCAAUUGUACCAAACGAACCUGCAUUUUGGAGCUGUCGAUGCUGGUGAGGAGAAAAAAAUAAACUGCAUUCUGGUAACGGUAAGGAGAGCAGCCACCAGAUCCACUGUGUUCCUGCCGUGCAACCACCUACCAAUUUGGAAGUCCCUCGUCAUCUUGUAUUAUCCAUGCAUGUGGAAAUGUAAAGACUGUGACCAUUCAUACUCCAAAAGAUCUGAACUUCUUAGACAUUAUAAACUUGAUCAUCAACAUUAUGGGCGGGGCCAUGCUUACCCCUGUACUUAUGAGAAUUGCCCAUGCACUUGCAAGACAUGGAAAGCUCUGCUCACACAUCUAAGCAAAUCCCAUACUGCUCAAAAAUCCUCACAGAAGGAUAGCUUUUCACCAUUCAAGUGCCACAUCUGCAACAACAAUCAACUUUCUACUGAGACAGACUAUUUUAAACACAUUGGGGCACAUUUGAAAAAUCAUGAGUCUGUCGAAUGCAUGUUUGGGGAUUGUUCAUACAAAACAAAUCUUUAUGGUGCUUUCAGAACUCACAAAUGGAGAAAACAUACCCCCCACACAAUCCACAAUUUUAAGCCUGGAGUAGUUGAUGGACCUGUUGGUAGUUCUACUGUUGUAGAGUCAUUUGAAAGCAGCACUACUGAGAAGUCAGAUGAUGACAUACCAUCUGAAGAACCUUCUGCUGAAGAAUCAACAAAUUUGGCACAAGUUAUAGAAUUAAAGUUAGCCUCAGUCCUGCUUAAGUUAGAACACUCUUUUCUGGUGCCAAGUGCAGCUGUGAAUGAACUGCUUGAUGAGUUGCAAUAUUUAAUUGGUACUGCCUCUGUGCCGGUCACCCAGAGGACUCUUUUGGACUCCUUACAAAAUAACAGUUGCAUAGUUGAUGAAUUUGUUGUGAAGGAUUUAGCCACUGUACUUUGUAAUUCUAAUCCCAUUCAAGCUGCAAUAGGAAAGCACGGCCCACUGUCAACUGCUUGGAAACGGAAGGCAUACUACAGAGAAAACUUCAAUGUUGUGGAACCUAUUGAAUAUGUUUUAGAACGUAAGAAUAAUAAGACUUUUCAGUAUGUACCUUUACUCAAAUCUUUGCAGCAACUUUUAAACUGUGAAACAACACUAAAUAAGGCUAUACAUUUGAAGGAAAAACAACAUCCAGUGGAGAGUGAUAAACAGGUAUACAGAUCCUUUUGGGAUGGACACUUCUGUAAAAGAAAUGCUAUUCUCUCAAAAGAAUGUGCAAUUUCUUUGAUUUUGUAUGUUGACGACUUUGAAAUUUGCAAUCCCCUUGGUACGUCGCGUAAAAAACACAAAAUCUGUGCCUCGUAUUGGAUUUUAGGCAAUCUGCCACCUGGUUGUCACUCCUCGUUGUCCUCUAUCCAUUUGGCUGCAUUGAUCAAUAGCAAUGAUGUCAAGGUCUAUGGUUACGAAAAAGUGUUAGAGCCUUUGAUUACUGAUCUCAUAACAUUGGAACAACAUGGGGUUUUUGUGGAAAAACUGGGAAAAACUUUGAAGGGCACAUUGCAGUGUGUUAUUGCCGAUAACCUUGGUGCACACAGCAUUGCUGGUUUUGUAGAGAGUUUUUCUGGCAGAUUUGUUUGCAGGUUUUGUACAGCAGAUAGGUUAGAAAUUCAGGACCAAGUUGGAGCUGGAGGUUUCUCUCUGAGAACUGAGGAGAUUCACAAAAAUCACCUGAAAACCCUCGAGGAAAAUUCCUUGAACAACUGUCAUGGUGUUAAGAGUAAAUGUGCUCUGUCAGAAAAACUUAGCACUUUCAAUGUUACUAGUGGUUUCCCUCCAGACAUUGUCCAUGAUUUAUUUGAGGGAAUAGUUCCGCUUGAAAUAUCUCUCUGUCUGACUGUAUUCAUUUCCAAAAAGUAUUUCACUUUGGAUGCUUUAAACAAGGCAAUAGAAGAUUUUCCCUAUAAAUGGACUGAUAAAACAAAUCGGCCACACUCUGUUCCACUGACCUAUGCAUCCAGGAAAACAAUUGGUGGAAACGCUCACGAAAACUGGAGUUUAAUAAGAUUUUUUCCUCUACUAAUUGGACAGAAAGUGCCCACUGAUGAACUAGCCUGGAAACUCCUUGCUGAUUUGAAGGACAUUGUAGAAAUUGUUGUUUCUCCAAUUCAGACCCAGGAAUCAAUUGCAUAUUUGAACUUUAAGAUCUCUGAGCACAGAGUUAGAUUUAAAGAGGUUUUCCCGGAGUCAAACCUAAACACCAUUUCUUGGAGCAUUAUCCUCACUUAAUCUGUGAGUUUGGACCGUUAGUUGCAUUAUGGACCAUGCGCUUCGAAGCGAAGCACAGCUUCUUCAAAAGAGUUGUGCGGCAUACAACCUGCUUCAAAAAUGUGCUUCUGUCCUUAGCACAAAGACACCAGUUUCUUAUGGCACAUCACCUUCACAUGUGGAGUUGUCCUAAAUCUCCCCUGGAGGUAGCAAAUGUUUCAAGUCUUCCCAUUGAUGUUUUACAAGAGGACAUAGCAUUUGCUCUUAAGCAGAGGCAUCCAGAGUUGGAAGGUGUAUGCUUGGCUAAAAAUGCAACCCACAGUGGCCUAAACUACAGGAAUGGAAUGAUCCUUGCACAUGGCUCAUUGGCAGGGCUGCCUGAAUUUGUGGAAAUAAUCCAGAUGAUUGUUGUCAAGGAUAAUCUGCUUUUCAUCGUCAGAGAGCUGAGUGCGUGGUACUGGGAUCAUUUCAGGGCAUAUGAACUGAAACUGUGUCCUACGAGGAAGUUGGAACUGGUUGACCUAAACCAACUCUCAGAUCCAUACCCAUUGGCUGACUACACAAUUGGAGGAAUGCGGCUGAUAACUCUCAAAAGAUACAUACAUGUGUAAGGGCAUCAUGGCAGAAAACACACCCGUUCGAUUGCUGGUUAUCCUGAGUGAAGACAGUAGUGUAAGAAUGGAGCUACGCAAGGGGAUUCCCAAUUCAUUGGAAGAGCUAAUGGAUGAGGUCAAGAAUGCAUGUGGAUUAGAGGGAUAUAUAAGACUGCAGUACAAGGACACAGAUUUUGGGAACAUAUUUGUGAAUCUGACCUCCACAACUGUAAUUAAGGAUCUUACAAUUCUCAAAGUAAUCCAGUUAGAGCCUGAUUCAACUGUUGUCUUAUACCCAGUUGAUCCCCCCAUGAGUAGCACCCCUUUGUUUGGACUGGACAGUGAUGACUCCUCAGUGUCUGCACAUACAGAUGACACAAUACUGCUUAGCAGCCCUUCCUCAGAUUCACUAAGGACACAGCAGUGGCCACGAGUGUUCCCAAUUCCACGCUUCUCCUAUGAUACAGAAUGUCAACUGCAGAGGGGAAAUGCAGAGUACAUGACAAGCCAAACUAGACUGACACCUAGCUCAAAAAUGUUGUCAGACAUACUGGAGAAAGUAGCUGAAAGUAUCUACGCAUACAAACCAUACCCUGAAGAUUCUGACUUCAGCGAUGUUGCUGAGGCACUGACAAGGAAGCACCCCUGCCUGAAAGAACCAGGGUCUUUCAAUGAGAGCUAUGGAUGGAAAUGCAGGAUGAAGAUAAAAAUGGCCAACUACCGGACCCAACUUAAGGCACACGGUACAUCUGCCGAGCUCACAGUGAAUUCUUUGAAAUCCAAGUCUCAAGAAGACUCCUACCCAGCAAAGAACCUGAAGAGACCUAGGCGAGCUGAGGUCAAUCAUUUUCCAUCUUUGCCAAGUGGUGAGACUACAGGAAGCCUGAAACAAGAGAAGAUUUCCCUUUUGGCAGAACUACAGAAAAGAAACAACCGUCAAACAAUAAAAGAAAA